CACACACACACACACACACGCAAGUCAUGAUCUCCAACUGUUGAUCAGUGCACAGUCCAAGCAACGCAGAGGGAGGACACUCGCUGAUGAUGAUGCCUACAUGGAGGGGGAGUAGCUGUGAGGGGAGCCCCUAAAUUUUCUGUUCUUGUGGAAACUUGGAAUAUUUUGGGGGGAACGAUGAUCAACCAAAAGAAGAAGAAGGCGUUUUUGAAACUGCAUCUUUCUCAACAUCUUGAUACCUCUAUUAGGACAUCCUCAUCAGGAUCUCCACCUGGGUCCCCCGAUGCCCCGGUGACCACACCAUGACCUGGAUCACAACCAACUGCUGGACCAACGUUGCGAACCGUCCAGGUUCUGCCGACCUUCAUUCUGGAUGCACGGACAUCUACAGGACCAGGGGCCAAGGCUUGAUGAGGAACAUGUUCCGCUGGUGGAUCUUACUACUUUUUCACAAUGUUCGAGGGGAACUCCCRUUCCUGGCAGGGAACAAUGCUGCCAUGCUGGUCAACUGGAAUGCUGUUGAUGGAAACAAGAAGUUGGUUGCCAUCUAUGACACCAGCGUCAAUGAACCAGGCAACAUGUCUUUCGUGAAGGAGACGGUGGAUAAACUACUGAAGGGAUAUGACAUCCGACUGAGACCAGACUUUGGAGGACCCCCUGUUGCAGUGGGAAUGAGCAUAGACGUGGCCAGCAUAGACAUGGUAUCGGAAGUCAACAUGGACUACACAUUGACCAUGUACUUCCAGCAGUACUGGAGGGACAAGCGUCUCGCCUAUAUUGGAAUCCCCCUAAAUCUGACACUGGACAACAGGGUCGCCGACCAGCUCUGGGUCCCCGACACCUACUUCCUCAACGACAAGAAGUCUUUCGUUCAUGGAGUGACAGUCAAAAAUCGCAUGAUCCGCCUGCAUCCCGAUGGAACCGUACUCUAUGGGCUCAGGAUAACUACCACAGCUGCUUGCAUGAUGGACCUCAGGAGGUAUCCCCUGGAUGAGCAGAACUGCACUCUGGAGAUUGAGAGCUAUGGCUACACCACAGAUGACAUCGAGUUCUACUGGAAGGGAGGCGAGGCUGCCGUGACAGGGGUGACGAGGAUCGAGCUGCCACAGUUCUCCAUCGUUGACUACAAACUGGUUUCCAAGAAUGUUGUUUUUUCCACGGGUGCCUACCCUCGGCUGUCUCUGAGCUUCAAGCUGAAGAGGAACAUCGGCUACUUCAUCCUGCAGACGUACAUGCCGUCCAUCCUGAUUACCAUCCUCUCCUGGGUAUCCUUCUGGAUAAACUACGACGCCUCAGCAGCCAGGGUGGCUUUGGGGAUCACCACUGUGCUGACCAUGACCACCAUCAACACUCACUUGAGAGAGACGCUACCCAAGAUCCCAUAUGUCAAGGCCAUCGACAUGUAUCUGAUGGGCUGCUUUGUCAUGGUCUUCCUGGCCCUUCUCGAAUACGCCUUUGUCAACUACAUCUUCUUCGGAAGGGGCCCUCAGAUGCAAAAGAAGUUGGCAGAAAAGGCAGAGAAGGCCAACAACGAGAGAGCGGCCAAGUACGACGCAGCAAGGGAGGCAGGUAGUAGGACCGCGUCCCUAAAGCGGUCCAAUCAGGUUAAAGGUCUUCGCCACUCACGUUCGGCGGAACCGCAUGGCCACGGGAACAUCCUGCUGACCACCCUGGAGAUCCACAAUGAAGUGGCAGGGGGSGAAAUCACCACCAGUGUGGCGGACAUUAGGAACUCUCAAUCCAUGGUCCAGUUGGACAGCACGGCCUCGUCGCACAUCCAGUACCGCAAGCAGAGUGGCGGGAUAGGGCCACGUUCCGCCAGCCGCCAUUCCCUGGACCGGUCUGCCCAGAUGAAGCGCAGCCGCCUACGGAGACGGUCCUCACAGCUCAAGAUCAAAAUCCCUGACCUGACGGAUGUGAACGCCAUCGACCGUUGGUCACGCAUCAUCUUUCCCUCUGUUUUUUCCCUGUUCAACCUUAUCUACUGGCUUUACUACGUCUGAUUGAACUGUUCUGUUGUUUAUCGUUGUUUGACUUGAUUUGUUUGCCCUUUCGUUGUUUUUCUACAUGGCAGACUCGGUCAAAGACUGCAACGCUGCAAGAGGAACAAAACAAAAACAGACUUAGAAGAGACUUUCUGAGUUUUGUAAGUUCUCAUAUAAAAUGUUUUUUUAUAUUCACGGUCCUUGAAUCCUUAGUGAUGAGGUAUUUUUAUUUUUAAAAACUACGUAUUGUAAUUUGGAGUUGUGACGGUCAUUUCCCAACUUUUCUCUCUCGGUUAUGUGUAAAUAGUAAAGUUCAAAGCCAGCAGUAUUUUCGAAAAGAAGAAAAURUUACAAAAAAACAGCUAGAGCAAAAUGAGUUUUUUUUAUUCAAAAGAAACAAUUAGAAGACUUUCUAUAACUCAGUUUAUCGGGUGCAGGCAAUAUUUAAGAAUUCAUUAAACUGUGUWAUGCUAUGCACUAUUAA